UAAUCCAAUUGCAAACACAAAUUUUAAGUUCUUAUUCUUUUACUUUUUAAUUUUUUAUUUUUUUUUUAACUUUUCAUUUUCCUGUCACCCUAUUCUUAUUUGUUGGAAGGAGGGGAGACAAGAAAAUGGAAAAGAUGAUGAAAUCAAACACUAUGUUUGCUUUGUUGUUUGUUUUGAUCUCAAAUCUUUUCGCCACAAUCUACUGUACACAACCCCUUGCACCUGCAUUGUAUGUGUUUGGUGACUCAUUGGUUGAUAAUGGUAACAACAAUUGGAUCCCUGAUGUAGCAAAAUCAAAUUACUAUCCUUAUGGUUCUAAUUUCUUUGCGGGCCCCACUGGAAGAUUUUCUAAUGGAAGAAACCUUGUCGACUUUUUAGCUGAAUAUAUGGGAUUGCCAUAUCCUCCACCAUACUUAAGCAAAGAAGGGCCAUCUUCAUUAACCGGAAUUAAUUAUGCAUCUGGUGCUGCUGGAAUUGUUGAAUGUACUGGAUCACAAGCUGGAAUGGUGGUUCCUUUGGACGAACAACUUGCCAAUUUUCAGAUGACAAUUACAAGGGAUUUGCCCAUAUAUAUGAGCCAAAGUGAGAUAUCUGAGCAUGUAUCAAAAGCUAUAUAUUUAUUGUCAAUAGGCAACAAUGACUACCUCAUCAACUAUCUUGGAGCUUUUACUGGCGUAAGUGCCACAUCCACUGUUUACGCACCCGAACCCUUUGCUGAACUUCUCAUUAACACCCUUGAAAAACAAUUGCAGCAACUAUACAAGUUGGGAGCUAGGAAGAUAAUAUUGAACGAUCUAUGCCCCUUAGGGUGCAUCCCAAUGUACUUAAAUACACGUCCCCACAAAGGUGCAUGUGUUGAUGAAAUAAACGCAUUGGUUCAACAUUUUAACAAAAGGCUACCUUCAAUGCUUCAACGUCUCUCUUCCACCCUUACCGGAGCCGUCUUCGUUAAGGGUAAUAUUUAUGCCACCGCCACUGAGAUCAUCUUAAAUCCAACCAAAUAUGGUUUUAGUGAUGUGAGAAGCCAAUGUUGCGAAACAUCGUUUAAUUUGAUGUGUAUGCCAUUAAAAACGCCAUGCUCAGAUCCAGAAGCAAAAUUCUUUUGGGAUGGAGCUCAUCCAACAGAAGCCACAUAUUCAAUUAUUGCAAAGCGAAUGAUUUCCGAUAAAUCUGUUCUCACACCAUUCACCCUUCAAGAACUCCUCCAACUCUAACUGUAAUAUUCCCAUCAUUUUUUGGGGUGGAUUUUAAUUUUUCUCUAGUUUAAAUUUGAAUAAUUAAAAAACAAUGUAACGCUUAUUACAUAUUAUUUUUUCGUUGAUUUAUAAUCAUAUUUCACCGUGAAAUAUAAAGCAACUAUUAUUUGAUUUAUUUCA